GAUGUAUGUACUAAAGUGGUCCAGGACUUGGUCUUGACUAAUUUUUACCCUUCUUUGUGAUGCCUGUUUUCACAGAAGUGCUGAGGAGGAAGAAAACCAGAGUAAGACAUUAACUCAGAUAUGUGAGUGAUUGUAGAAAGCUAUUCACAAUUGUGUGUGCGUGGGUCAUCAUGUGUGUCUCAGCUGCAGCAGUGCUGUGCAGACUUUGAUCAUAGGCGAGUUCGAGUCAAAGUCAAAGAUUUCUUCACUCAUCCCUCAGUGUUUUGAUGAUAAUAGCUGAGGAGGUACCAUAGAAUUCUCUCUGAACUGACAACUGUGAGCUGUGAGAGGGCCUGCUGGGAUGUCAGUGUCCAGCUUAGUGCCCUGGCUUGUGGUCCUGCUCCUCCAACUUUGGGGAGCACACACACUGCCCCCUACGCCAGCAUGUCUAACCCCCUGCUUAUGCCAAAGCACUCCACUCCUAAACUGCUCCUCAUCUGGCCUAUCUGAGGCUCCAUCGCAGAUCCCAGUAACUGCCACGGCCCUGGACCUAUCCCAUAAUGCUCUACAGUCUCUGGUUCCUCUUGGUUCUGGUCGCGCCCGUUUGAGAGGGCUUCAGCAUCUCUGGGUGGGAGAUAAUGCACUGGAGACUCUGUCACUGUGUUUGGGGAAAGGUGUGAAAGGCACCAAGACCCUUACAGGAAGGAGAGAGCGCUGUGUGACGUGGGCACCUGAUCUUCAGCUGCUGUCCGCUGAGAGGAACCAGCUAAAACGAAUACCAGGAGGACUCGGCAGUAUAAAAUCAUUGCAGGUGCUUCAGCUCUCCCAUAACAGAAUCUCUGAACUUGGUCCUGCUGACUUGGUUGGGUGUACUGACCUGAAAGAAGUUCACCUCCAGCAUAACCUCAUCAACACUGUCCACCCACAGGCCUUUAAGGACCUGCCCAGUUUACAGGUCCUUGACCUGAGCUAUAACCUGUUGACCAUCAUACCUCUGCCAGCUUACUUGUCUCUACGGAACUUGAAUACAUUUGUGGCCAUUUCUGGAAAUAGGUGGAGGUGUGAUUGUAACUUAAAGACAAUAAGGAGAUGGCUAAGCUUCGACAAUGAACUGGGUAAUCCAGGAUGGAAAGUGGUGUGUUUCUCUCCACCUCAUUAUGCUGGAAAUGAUCUGCUACAUCUGGAGGAAUCUGAUCUUACCUGUCCACUGCCUGUAUACAGCACACCAGGCCUUGCUAAGGAGGUGACAGUGGAUGAGGGGACAGAAUUAUUGCUUUCCUGUGCAACACAAGACUUCAUGCAGUCUCGUUGGUGGACACCUCAUGGCCAAGUCUCUGAAAAUCAACAAGUACUUCUCAUCAGCAAUGUCACAGAGCAGGAUGCAGGACUUUAUGUCUGUGUCUCAGGAUUUCAGGAAGAGCAUGUAUCAAUAUUUAAUCUACAUGUUCAUAAAAGAUUUCAUGACACAAGGCUGCGACGAGAAGCCCAGAAUAUUUUGGAUGACCUUACCAGAGAAGGAAGCCUGAAUGUGCAGAGAAAUGUGCGAGCUGUGCCUCAGCAAGACUUUGUAUUAGCUGUCUGCCUUUCUGUCUUCAUUACAUUCAUCGUGGCCUUUGUCGUUGGUGUUCUGGUAAGGCCACUUCUGGAUAAAUUAUGCAAGAAAAUUCGAUCUAAGAGGGAUACUGCAUCAUCGUCUACAAACUCACAGACGUCCUCCACUCGGCAAAGGCCAUACGUGAAUGAAGGCUAUUCUGAUACAGAUGAACAUGUGCAAGAAGUGCGAGUGGGAUCAAGAGUGACAUUUGGUGGGGUCACAGAAGUAAAUGACUGUGGGGGAAAUAUUCCUUAUUAUGUCACUGUAGAAGAUGCCAAGUCAGACAGCUCUUCUGAGAAUAAUACAGAUGUUGAGGUAUCAUAUGAGAACACACAGGGGAAUAAAUUCUUGACUGUCAAUGUUGAAAACCAUUGUGUUGAGAUGGAAGAUCUGAAGAGCAGAGAAGGCGGCCAUCCCAGCAGCUCACUACAAGUCAGCAAAGAAGUACCUUUGAGAAAAGAGAACAAAAAAACAUCAGAACCUAAACCAGCUUGUGGGUACCCAAAUGCUGAAUCUACCAAAAUCAUGGAGUUUGAGCCCAUUCCAGACCAAGAGGACACCACAGAGUUAGAAGAGAGGAGCAUUUCACCCGUAUCAUCUCACUCAGAAUUGCCACAAGAACUAGAGUCUUAUGAAGUAAAAGAGUCAAUUGAGCAAAGUGUAGAUCCUCCUGUAGCCACUGUACAUGAAGAAAAAGAAGGCAACACAGGCCAGGAGCCAACAAUACCAGGAUUUACAACUGACCCACUGUUUGAUCUGAAGGAACAGAAUGUGGAUGACCUGGACCCAGAUUUAUGGAAUGAUAGUGGGGAGAGUUUUUCAUUCACUGAUGAAUCUCCAAGGUCAAGCAGCCGAGUAACACAACGUGCUGUUCUUGAUUAUCCACUUUUUGAAAAGGAAAUGUCUGUGGAUAAGUCUGAUAAACUGAGUUCCUGCAACUCAAGUGAAAGUGGUCUGACUGAAGAAGAACAAACAGAAUACACUGUAAACCCAGAGGAAGAUGAAGAAUCAGAAACCUAUGGUCCACACUCAGGAAAUGAAGACCUCAGUGGAAACAAGCUCUCCACUCUGGAGCAAGAUGCUUUAACUGAUGAGCCAAGCGCAGCAUGGAUGUACACCUGUGGUAGAGGCAGGAUGUGA